GAUCUGUGUUUACAUCCUCUCAGCUGUUAAGUUCUCCUGCGUGGAAAAAAAAUAAGAAAGAACAACUAGGUCGUCGGUGUCCUAGACGUCCACCUAACGAGCGAUGUAAGUUAAAUAACUAAUCCGCUAUCUAUAGCCAGGCCUAGAUCACUUACACCAGCUCGCUGCUGAACGCAUCCGACACGCAAACCAAACAUUUCCUUCCAAGUGCGUCCGUCAGUCAAGGGGAGUUGAACCAACGCGGAACGAUGUCCAGGCCGCGGCUGUGGGCUGAGCUUCCUCCGCCGCAGUAGCACCUCCGCUCUCCCUCCUGGAUCCAUGACCUUGUGAGACACCCCCCCCCCCCCCCCCCCCCUCACCCACCCACCACCACCACCACCACAUCUACUCCACCAUCCACCCGGCUCCACCAUGGGCGGGGCCGUGAGCGCCGGCGAGGACAACGACGACCUCAUCGACAACCUGAAGGAGGCGCAGUACAUCCGCACGGAGCGCGUGGAGCGGGCCUUCCGCGCCAUCGACCGCGGCGACUACUACCUGGACGACUACCGCGACAACGCCUACAAGGACCUGGCCUGGAAGCACGGCAACAUCCACCUGUCGGCGCCCUGCAUCUACUCGGAGGUGAUGGAGGCGCUGGGCCUGCAGCCCGGCCUCUCCUUCCUCAACCUGGGCAGCGGGACGGGUUAUCUCAGCACCAUGGUGGGCCUCAUCGUAGGGCCUUUCGGCGUGAACCACGGGGUCGAGCUCCACAAGGAUGUGGUGGAGUACGCCCGCGAGAAGCUGGAUGACUUUGUAAAGAACAGCGAAAGCUUCGACAAGUUUGAGUUCUGCGAGCCCGUGUUCGUGGUGGGGAACUGCCUGGAGAUCUCCACCGACAGCCACCAGUACGACCGCAUCUACUGCGGGGCGGGCGUGCAGAAGGACCACGAGAACUACAUGAAAGUGCUGCUUAAGAUCGGAGGCGUCCUGGUCAUGCCCAUAGAGGACCAGCUGACCCAGAUUACCAGGACCGGCCAGUGCACAUGGGAGAGUAAAAACAUCUUAGCCGUGUCCUUCGCUCCCCUUGUUCAGCAGAGCAGAGCGGAUGGAGACAAACCUGAUUCUGUCCAACUGCCCCCGCUCAGUGUGCGGAGCCUCCAGGACCUGUCCCGCGUCUACAUCCGCCGCACACUGAGGGCCCUGGGGGCCGACGGCGAGGGCCGGGAGGCGGGGCAGACGCGGCGGGCGCCGCCGCAGAAGCGCAAGCGACGGCGGCGGCGGUGCAGACGGCGCCGCCUCAACGCCUACGUCUUCGGAGGCAACCAGCUGAUCCCCCAGACGAUGGAGAGCGAGGAGGACGAGGAGGAGGAGGAGGAAGGGGGCGUGAUGGUGGUGGGGGGCCGGCAGGCGGAGGAGGAGGUGGUGGAGCAGCACAGGAAGCUGGGCGGCUGCGGGGGGGAGGAGGAGGUGGAGGAGGAGGCGACGAAGCUCGAGGAAGAGGAGGAGGAGGAGGAGGUGGGAGGGGAGAGGGUGAGAGAUAUUGGCGAGGUGGAGAUCCUGAAGCGGGCGAACGUGUUAAGAGACCAAAUCACGGCGCUGCCGCUGCCGGAGUCGCUGAAGGCCUAUCUGCUGUAUUACCGGGAGAAGUAGCCCCCUCACUUAACGUCGAGCUCCUGCUGAAUGACUCUCCUCCUCUCCUCUCUCUCCCCUCCUCUCAACUUCUUCUGGUGUUCAGUACAAAUGUAGCAUUAUUUCCAUUCCAGUCCUGGUGGGACAAACCCACGACGGAGAGACAAUUUGCAGUACUUGCGUCUUUUGGAUACUAAUGCGAUGGCGGUCAUCGUGUCAGGUUCCUGACAUUUUUGUUUUUUACUUUCUAAUUACAAACAUGGAAACGACGAAGAAGAGAAGAGGCCUCUUGCCUGAUGGGAACAGGGUGUCUGCUUCAUAUUUGGUGUGAAUGGUGAUGGAAUGACUCUGCAGAAAUGUUUCAAGGUGAACACAUGAUUCUUAUAUUUGUUAAGAAUACCAUCAUGGGAAUAAUCAAAAGAGACUGAAUGCAUAUUUUCUAGACGCGUCAAGUUAUAUCUGGCCAUGGACAGACGCUCAAUUCUACAGGAAGACUUAAAUCGAACCCUUGUUUUGCAUUUCCUGAGAGAGGCUUAAAGUACUGUGUUAUGGUAUAAUCAGCAAUUCAUUUCAAGGUCCAUAUACACAAAGCUUGAGAAUGAGGUCACGUCAGCUUAUAUUUUCAUUUCUAUUCUCACUUUCUAUUGUUUAGCCUGCCUGUAAGAGACUGGCGUUUAAGUACUGGUGAUUAUGAAUCUGAGGCUUCCGGCGUCGUCUGAGCGUUGAAUGCCUGACGCGAAGGCACAGAUGACCUUUCGUGGUUAGAUUUUUUGUUUAUCUUUUAUUUUUUUGCUGAGCCAAAUAAUAAUAAAAAUCAUAAUCAGAGCAAUGAUGAAAUCGUGGGUUAAGGUUCUACUUUUGAUUCUCAGCUAGCUUUAAUACAAAAUAAAUAAAGCGAUUUCAGGGCAUGACUCCCGAUUGCAAAACUGAGUGAUUCAAAAUAUUCUCCCCGACACCCUUUUCUAUUCAAAUGAUGCAAAAUCCUCCUAAUGGCCGAUUUUGAAGCCUUUUCUAGUCUUGGCGGCAGAUGUGUCCAAACCAUGCACCUUAUUCUUCAUUCUGACAUUUUAAAAGAAAACGAGGCGCCACUUUUUUCCACGGAGGAGGCCUCAUUUGUAUUGCGGAACGAGAACGAGGACGUGUAUGGAUGUGAAUCUGUCCAGAACUCUCCAGGCGCUGAUGAGAGCUCCUUAGUGCCAGCGUCACCAAUCACCGCCGGACGACAGGCCGCUACGCUCCGUGGCGCACAGUCCAUUUAUCCAAUCGAUCCCAAAGUCAACAUUCCACACCAUCAACGAUGGCACAUGACAUGACACACAACUGACGGAUGUCAUAUUUCAUUUGUGUAUAUGCUUUUAUUUUUGUAUAACUCCUCUUCCUUUUGACUUGCUUCAUUGAGUAGUGGUGGUGGUGGUAGUGGUAGUAGUGGUGGUAACAAAUGCUGAGUUGAAUGUUAUGUUAUGAAUUAUAACCGGUAUAAAAGUGGGGUAGGUGUAUGGACGUCACGUGCUUUAUGCAUCACGUAUAAGUUGCGUUUAGUUCGUUCUAGCGCCCCCUUUGGCUGUACUGUAUAUUGACACUGGGAAAUCAUGUCUGUGUACUGUAGAUGGACUCUUCCGCUGUUUUUGUUCAAGAGAUUCACACAUUAGUCCUAAUUUGCUCUGAUGAAUUGAUGUGUGCAUUUGUUUGGGUUUGUACUGAAUGGGUUUAAGUCAUGGUGUGUGUGUGUGUGUGUGUGUGUGUGUGUGUGUGUGUGUGUGUGUGUGUGUGUGUGUGUGUGUGGUGUACAUGUAUAUGUAACAUGUAGACUACAUGUAUGCCAACAUGUAUAUGUAAACAUGUACACGUGUUUGUGAAUUCUGUUUUGUUUUAGGGGUUGGUCUUUUUCUUCCAGAUUUUUAACUCUGGAAAGCUUUUCACAUUAGCAAUAACAAUUUCCUUAACACAAUUAACAAUCACCACUAACCACUGAAUAGAUUUUUAUAACGUUAAUUGAUGAUGCAGUGAUACAAGUACAAUUUUAUAUAUAUUAGAGCAAUUACAAAGUCCUAUAUCUCCAGUUGCGGUUGUCUUUUGUAGUUGAGAUUAGAGAGGUUUUGGUUAAGACUCAUGCUUUCCCCUUUGCAACGAAUGAAGUCUAGUUCCUUGUACCAAGCCAAAAGAGUUCUGUCAUUGAUCAGGGCUAUGCUGAUUCCCUUAGAGUGCAGUUCAUUUAGAAAUGGUGUUGUUCCUCUGUAUGUUUUUGGCACAAAAUAAAGGUCACAAUCACAUCGUA